CGGUGCGUGCGUUUGGCGUUGUAACUGAACAAUUGUUCGUUUUGUUCGUUCGUUAGCUCGGCCGACAUGGCUGACGACGAUGACAACAAUGUUUUUAAACACUUCAGAGCGAAGCUUGUCAGUCGUUUGACCGGUACUGCUGUUUCACAGCUUUGUGAUCGCUUAAUCGACGGAGUGAUCUCAACAGAGGAAUACAACUUGAUUACUAACAGUUUCUUUCACCUCACAGAAGAGCAGCAAGUGAGAGCUCUGCUAGAUAUCAUGCAGAAACGAGGAAACGAGCAGAAGACUAAGUUUCUGUCUAUGCUGUGCGAGACAAACGGAGUAGAAGAUUUGGGAAGAGAGAUACAAAAAUGGCAAUAUUGUAGAAGAAAAGAAACGAUCAAGGACGCCGGCUCUUCAUCGUCUGAUAUAUUGCAUAAACUAGAUGAACGGAAUCACACACUGCAGACUGAAAACAGCGAACUAAUAAUAGAAAACAGAAAACUGAGGACAGAAAACAGAGAACUGAAGACAGAAAACGGAGAACUAAAAACAGAAAACCGCGAACUAAAAGCAGAAGCCACUAAGGAAAAUAGCAAGAUGGAGACGCAGACAACAAGUGGCAAGAAGUUAGUUGAAGAUGCACUUCGACGCAAACUGAACGAAUUCGGCGACGGCAACGCGUCUUACACGAAGCUCAAGUCUGCGACGUGUGCACCACUAGCUAGCUCGUUGCAAACGGGAAACACGGCCAACUGUGUUGCCUCGGUCGGAGACGUUGUGUUCGCCUCUCCGUGGGCAGCUACACAACUUUACUCGCUAGAUUUGUCAAAGCAGUCGCCAACCUGGGCCAAAUUUUGGAAUAUUCGCGACGCAAUUUGGAACGUUUUCACCUGGCGGGGUCAGUGCUGCAUUCGAACGGGUGCAAAAAACCAGAUCUAUUGUUUGUCUAGCGAAGAGUGGAACCUGAUUGCAACCGUGCCAAGUACAAUUUCGAAAGGAUUCGCAUCACUCAUUGCUAGGGACAACCGAAUCUACAAGUUGGGUGGCUACAAAGGAGACUGUCUCAACAUCGCUGCAGUCUGUGACGCAGAAGGCGACAAACAGUGGAAUGAUCUUCCAAAAAUGCCUUUCCGGACAUGCUGGUGCUCAUCAGCUGUUGUUGAUCAUCUUCUUUACGUGGGAGGGGGAUGUGUAGUUGACGCCUACAGGUGGAAUCCCAUUAGGAACGUUGCGGUUCUCGACCUCAGAUCACGUGACUGGCAGAGUCUUCCUUUACUCGAGCAUUAUAACGCCACAAUAUCCUCUAUCGGUGAUAACAUAGUGGCAUGUGGAGGAUGUAACGAGCGGUCUGCUUACGACAGAGAUCACGACGGCAAACAAGUUUCCGUUCUCGACAUGCGCUCACGUAGCUGGUUUCCUCUUCUUACCACUUCGCAACCACACAGUCGUCAUGGAAUGUGCUCGAUCCGUGAUGGUAGUCUUGCAGUGGUCGCUGGCAAAGACAACAACGCUGUAGAGCUUCUGUCGUUCAACUGACGACGCGUCGGUAAAGAAGAAACGUUGUUACACUGGUUACUUAUCUAGAUGCACGUUCUUCUUCAAUGUGGUGCAAUUACUGCUGUGCAAAAUGUAGCUAAAACGUCUGUAGCUGUUUUGUUGUUGUAUAGCUAAUGGGCUUUUAGCCUCGUGAUUGACUUGUUGCUGCAUUAUA